GAAAGAUAUGCCUUCUUAGUAUCGUAUUAUGAUUCUCUUGCUGGAUUUGAUAGAGAAUAUCAAUUAUUGUAUUAUACAUUUGAUGAAACAAUUGAAAUGUAUGAUUGCAAGACAAAGAGAGUCUUCCUCAAGAGGUGUACUUAUCCUGAAGUAACAUUAAAAUCAUUAUAUAAGGGUGCGAUCGUCACCAUUAAUAGUCGUCAACUCAAAGUUGUGGAGUAUUCCGAUGAAUUCACUAGAAAGAACUUUGGAGACAAGAAGAAGAGAACUUUGGCCAUGAUAAAACCUGAUGGUGUUGUAAAUAUGGGAGAAAUUAUUGAUAGGAUUUGUAGAGAAGGAUUUCAAAUUUCCAAAAUGAAAAUGACUGAACUCACCACUGACUUGGCACAAACCUUCUACAGUGUCCAUAAAGGAAAAUCAUUCUAUGAUACACUUGUGGCUUACAUGACAAGUGGCCCAAUUACUCACAAUGCAGUGCAUGGCUCAGAUUCUGACGAAAAUGCCACAAUCGAGUCUACCUUUUUCUUUGGAGGACAAGAACAAAUUCCAACAACAGCAACAUUCCAAAAUUGUUCCCUGGCCCUCCUUUUACCUCACAUUGUUUCAGAUAGAAUGGCCAUAGGGAAAAUAUUAAUUGAAAUUCAAAAAUCUGGACUUGAUAUUACAGCUAUGGAAGUGUUUUCUAUUGGAAAGACAGAUGCUUCGGAUUUCUAUGAAGUUUAUAGGGGUGUGAGCCCAGAUUUCCAAAAGAUGGUCUUGAAUUUGUGCUCUGGACCUAUAAUUGCAUUGGAAGUGUCAACAAAGGAGCCAAAUGAUGUUGUCACAUAUUUGAGAAAUGUUUGUGGUCCUAGUGAUCCAGAACUUGCAAAGGUAUUGAGACCAGACACUAUCAGAGCCAAGUUUGGUGUUGACAAGGUUAGAAAUGCUAUUCAUUGUACAGACCUAGAGGAUGAUGGUGUUUUGGAAGUUGAAUUUUUCUUUAAUCUUAUGCAAAAAUAA